GCAGUGGUCCGGUUAGCCCCACAUGAGAGACAGGUCAGUCUAGAGGGACUGUAGUACUCCACCCCCUCACUACAGCUCUCUGGUGACACAAACACCACUGGAGAGGGUCCAGUCUGUUAGACCGAGAAGAGCUAGCUAGCUGGAGGUCGAGGGUGUCUUCAUGGAGCAGAGGUCGAUAGGGGUCGUGCAGGAUGGGGGCGUAUCUCCACCCUCCUGCAGGAUAGGGGGGGUAUCUCCACCCUGAUCUGCUGCUGUGAAAAUGGCCUCUAGCACCGUAUGGCAGGACAGGGAGAUCAAGUUCGAUGCCCCAGUACACCUGCUCCAGAUGAGGGCAGGAGAGUCGGUGAUCGACUACUUGUCUCAAGUGGAGGACACUAAAGGGAACAAUGGACAUAGAGGUAAACUGUUUGUGACCAACCUGCGAGUGAUUUGGACGUCAGCUGACUAUCAGAGAGUCAACCUUUCCAUUGGUUACCACACAGUGACCUCAGUGACUACAAAGAGAGUGAAUUCUAAACAAAGAGGGACAACUGAAGCGCUGUAUUUGAUGACUAAAGUUGACAAAACUCAGUUUGAAUUUAUCUUCACUAAUCUUGUUCCGGACAGCCCUCGCCUGUUCUCCACGGUGAUGUCAGUGUACAGAGCGUACGAGACGUCCAAACCUUAUCGAGAGCUCAAGCUACGCAGUGCCCUACUGGGAGAGAGCAAAGAGUUGAAGCUACUGCCCAGAGAGCAGCUAUACACUAAGUUGAAUGGUGUUUGGAACUUGUGCAGUGACCAGGGUAACCUUGGUACGAUGUAUAUCACUAAUGUGCGUGUGGUGUGGCACUCCAACCUCAAUGAGAGCUUCAACAUCUCAGUACCCUAUCUGCAAAUGCGGCUUGUGAAGGUCAGAGACUCCAAGUUCGGUGUUGCUAUGGUGAUGGAGACGUCGGAACACAGUGGGGGGUUUGUGCUUGGGUUCAGAGUUGAUCCGUAUGAGAAGCUUAAGGACGUGGUACAAGAGAUUCACUCACUCUAUCAGGUGUACUGCGCCAGUCCCGUGUUUGGGGUGGAGUUCCAAGUGGAACAACAGAGCUCUGGUGAUAAUGAGCAAUCUCUGCCAGUGCCUGAGAGUGUGACUGAUGAUAUUGAGGUGGUGGAGACCAAAGACAAGAUGGACACUUUUGCUGCGUAUUAUGCUGACCCCCACAAGUCCGUGGAUCGUGAUCCUGUGUUCUCCCCUGAGCUGGGACUAGCCAUUGAAAAACUACCAGAAGGAUACUCUCUCCAAGACCUAUGGGACGUGACCUAGUUAAACGAACUAUCUUAUCCAUGAUAAAAUGUUUGCUAUAAUAAUAUAGACUUUCAGUUUUAUACAUGUACAUCAAAUAUACAUUUUCCCUGUUACAUGUACUUCCUUUUGCUACUG